UUUUUGACUGGUACUUGUUUCUGUACGAUCACUUUUCUAGCAGGACAUUAAUGGACGAAGAGAACCUUAAAUGUUUGUUUCGUGUUGUCAAAGAUGUCAGGACUGUCUGUAACAGAGCGUUCUGGAUGUAGAAAGAUACUGAAGUUCAUGGCAAAAGCUGACUUACUGUCACUUAGUGACACAGUCACGAAUAAGAUGAUAGUUGUGGAAAAUAUAACAGAGGCUAUGGAAACAAUUCUGUCCUUCACUAAAAAUGCUGAGGAACUCCUGAGAAGGAAGAAGGUUCACCGUGACCUCAUUUUCAAGUACCUGGCCAAAGAGGGGGUGGCGAUGCCCCCGAACAGCGAGAAACACCAACUGGUCAAGAAGACGCUGGAGCUUUGGUCGUCCGGGAAGGCCGUGGUUGAUGAAAGCCUUCAAGGAGAGACAGAUGAGACCAGACAGAUACGGCCCACAGAGCCAGCAGCUGAUACCACAGACUUGAAGGCUGAGGUGGGCUUUGACCCACAGGUCCUUGGCCAACAGUUCUGCCAGUGGUUCUUCCAGCUCUUGAACAGUCAGAACCCCUCACUGGGCCAGCAGCCUCAGGACUGGGGACCACAACACUUCUGGCCAGAUGUGAAGCUAUGUCUUGUCUCUAGAGCUGGCAGUGAACAGAUGGCUGAUUUCCUGGGUGCUGAACUGGUUAGCCUUCGUCUCCUAGCCUUGACCAGGGAAGAACGCCUCCUCUUCAGCCCCAACCUGGAACCCCAUGGCCUCAGGGCCCUUGCCUCCCCCCAUGGCUUAGUGCUGGUGGCUGUGGCUGGGACAAUCCACAGAGAUGCAGCCUGUCUGGGCAUCUUUGAGCAAAUAUUUGGCCUCAUCCGCUCCCCACUGGAAAACAACAGCUGGAAGAUCAAGUUUGUCAACCUGAAGAUCAGAGGGCAGGAUGCUCUGGGCGGGACAGAGGUGGUAGCGCCUGCCUUGAGUUACAACUCCAGUGAACUGCAGCUUCUCUGCAGAUGAUGACACUCUUUUUUUUUUUUUUUUUUACUCUCUUUACUCAUCACUCAUCUAACUUGCCCAAACACAUUUACCCAAGCUGUUGUUUUCAGAGACUAGGAAUAGCAACUUUACUGUCUCAAACCCCUCUCGUAACUUAUAUUUAGCAGUCAUUUCAGGUUGUACAGAUAGGUGGACACUGUUGCAUCUAAAUCUACUUGGGAGUUAAAUUGGUGAUGUAACAUAAAGGUUUCCUUAUUGCUUUUUGCUUUGCAGAAAGUGUAAGUCUCUGCUGCUUCUUGUUGUGGAAACAUUUUGCUUCAAACACACUGUACCUUGAUGGAAAGCAUAAUGUGCUUUGGUGGCCUGUUCCUUUUGUAAGAUAAAAUAUAAAUACGGACACGCUCUUGUAAAUAAGUAUUAUAUCAGAUAUAAAGAUUAUAUUAACACUUG